CAUCAGCACCACUCUAAACGCGACUGCAAAGCCAAAAAAGGACCAACAACCAUGGUGCUUAUCUGGACCCAGUUUGGUGUAAAAAACAAGAAUGUCAACUGCAAAGUACGAGUUAUGCACCGGGAUGACAGCUCCAGCUCAAACUCCUCUUCGUCGGGGGAGAGCAGCCGGUCGGACCAAGAGGUGCCCUGUCUGUCCAUCAAGCCGGCGGGGAAGGACUUCUAUAAGCUCCUGGGCGUGCCGGCCGACGCCAGCGAAGACGACAUCAAGAAGGCCUACAGGCGGAUGGCGCUGAAGUUCCACCCGGACAAGAACAGCGACCCCGACGCAGAGGACAAGUUCAAGGAGAUCGCGGAGGCCUACGAGAUCCUCACUGACCCCAAGAAGAGGGCAAUCUACGACCAGUAUGGGGAGGAAGGUCUUAAAAAUGGAAACAGCACGUCAAUGGCGAGCCACGGCAAUGCCCACCGCAGCGGUUUCCAGGGCGAUGCGCGGGCCACCUUCUCCACCUUCUUCCACGGCUCCGAGAGCUUUGACAUCUUCUUCGGCUCCGACGUGGACAGCAGCAGCAGCGGCGGCGGCAGCGGCAGUGACGAUGAUGCCUUCAACCCCUUCAGCCGCUUUGUCUUCACCCAGGGGGGCGGCGAGGGGGGCCGCAGAGGCCGGCGCCGCCGCCUUCAGGGCCUUGCCGUGGUCCAUGACCUCCUGGUCAGCCUGGAGGAGGUGUUCAGCGGCUGCACCAAGCACGUCAAGAUCAGCCGUAGCCGCCUCAACCCCGACGGUCGCAGCCUGCGGUCGGAGGACAAGGUGCUGGACGUGGUGGUGAAGAAAGGUUGGAGGGCGGGCACCAAGAUCACCUUCCCCCGCGAGGGUGACGAGACGCCCAACAACACGCCCGCUGACCUCACUUUCGUGCUGCGCGACAAGAAGCACGUGCAGUACAAGCGGGACGGCUCCAACAUCGUGUACACGGCUAAGAUCACCCUCAAAGAGGCUCUCUGCGGAUGCACGGUCAACGUGCCAACGUUGGACAACCGCAUGAUGCCGCUGCCCAGCAGUGACAUCAUAAAGCCGGGCUCGGUGCGGCGCCUGCGGGGGGAGGGCCUGCCACUGCCCCGGACCCCCGCGCAGCGGGGCGACCUGCUGGUGGAGUUCCAGGUCCUGUUCCCAGACCGGAUCCCACCCCAGUCCCGGGAGAUAAUCAAACACAGCCUAGCCAAGUGCUAAGGUGCUAAAGGAGGGAAUCAUGAUGAGGAGUCAUGUGUGUGCUGAGAGUUCAUGCAAUCGCAGCCCUUGUCUGUAAGGUGCUGGUGUCCUGAUCAACCAAUCACAAGCCUGUCUUAUUGUGUUUGGGAUGAGACGGCAGUGAGACCGAAGGGCUGACUUGACUUUUGGCGGGGAUUACGUGAGAACAAUGAUGAUGAUGGUGAAGAUAAUGAGGUCUGACUUUUUAAUAGACGAGAGAUGAUGAUUCUACUGUUGCACUUUAGGCAUGCUUGAAACACAGCCCAACAGAGGGUUGGAGGCCCCCAGCAGAAUGGGUCUUGGGUAGUCUGAGGUCUAUAAUAUUCCACUGACUCCAUACUAGCCUUUCCUCUUGAAACAAAAGGACAUUUAUAUGUACUGUUAUACUUGCAGGAAUAUACCUGGUUCCUACAACAGUUUGCAAUUCAGCUCUUGAUUUAUAUGUCUACUUCGAUCUAUAUAUAGAUCGAUAUAGACUCUUAUAUCAUGCCUGAGAGGUAAAACGGUAUGAGGUUUUCAAAGUUAUAUGGUGUU